AUGGAGGAGGACGAGCGGCGGCUGUCAUUCGGGCCGCCAGCGCCGCUGCACUCGCCCGGCGAGGAGAUCGACGGCUCGCGGCUGCUCGGCGAGAUCGUGCGCACACUCGAGGCCACCAACCCGGAGGCGGCCGCCCCGCUGGCGGCCUCGCAGUCGCGCGAUGAGCUCGCGGAGGUGGCGCAGCGGCCGCGACGGGACGAGCUACGCAUCCCGCUGGACGUGACGUUCGCGGAGCCGACGAGUCGCGAGGGGCGUGACGGGCGCGACGCGCGGGACGGGCGCGAGGAGCCGCGCGCGCUGGUCACGCCGUUCACGCGCGAGUCGGCACGGCGCGCGGGCUCCCGCGGCGCGCAGCUGGUGCGCGAGUUUGGUUUCAUGCCGCGUCGCCGGCUCAGCGUGGAGGAUGGCGCGCGGCUGCCGCGCAAGUACGAGCCCUUCCCGCCCAACCUCUACGGACGACCGCUCGAGGAGAUUGACAAUUUUAUUUAUGACGAGACGUUCUGCGUUGUAUCGAAGAGGUUUCGCAAGAACUACAUCCAUCGGUUCACGGCGACGCGUUCACUGUUCUGGUGGUCGCCGUGGUCGCCAGUACGCCGCGCCUGUGUCUACCUCUCCACUAACCAGUACUUCGAUUACUUCGUCAUGGCCACUAUCCUGCUUAACUGUGUCUUCCUCGCCAUGUCGGAAACUAUCGAAGAAGCUGAGUACAUUUUUCUGGCAAUAUAUACGGCGGAAAUGAUAAUCAAAUGCAUAGCGAAAGGAUUCAUUCUCAACAAGUAUACGUACCUGAGGAAUCCAUGGAAUUGGCUGGACUUCGUGGUAAUCACUUCGGGGUACGCCACCAUCGGGAUGGAAGUCGGCAACCUGGCUGGAUUGAGGACCUUCAGGGUACUAAGAGCAUUGAAGACUGUUUCUAUAAUGCCUGGUCUAAAAACAAUCAUCAACGCGCUGCUACACUCGUUCAAGCAGCUCGCAGAGGUCAUGACCCUCACCAUCUUCUGCCUUAUGGUGUUCGCGUUGUUCGCUCUACAGGUCUACAUGGGGGAGCUCAGGAAUAAAUGUGUCAAGAAUCUAGUCGUUAAGCCUGGACAGAACUUUUCUGAUGAACUAUGGUUGCAAUGGAUCAGACAACCGUCUAACUGGAUGGUGAAUGAUGAAGAAAUACCAAUAAUAUGUGGUAACUUAACCGGUGCACGACACUGUCCACCGGAGUAUACGUGUCUGUGUGUGGGACCAAACCCAAACCACGGGUACACGAACUUUGACAACUUCCUAUGGUCUAUGCUUACCACUUUUCAACUCAUCACUUUAGACUAUUGGGAAAAUGUGUAUAAUAUGGUGCUGUCAUCUUGUGGUCCUAUGUCAGUGUCUUUUUUCACUGUUGUUGUGUUCUUUGGUUCGUUCUACCUCAUAAAUCUGAUGCUUGCUGUAGUGGCCUUGAGCUACGAAGAAGAAUCACAGAUUACACAAGAGGAAAGAAAAAAAGAUCUAAAUGAACACCGAGAUGACUCUACAUUCAGCUUUGAUCCAACGUCGCUGUCUGUGCGGACUCUGGCUAAAGAAUCCAAAAAACGCAUAGACGCACGGAAGGGACUUCUACUGUCUUCCUACUCCAGAAAGAGAACGAGAAGACGAAAGAGAGGGAAGAAUUCUAUACAUCAAGUGACAGCAGUUGCGGCUGUAUCAGAAAGGUCAAGAUCACGGUCUAGGUCAGUGACCCCGAGCGGGUCUCCGCCCCCGCCGCCGCCGCCACCACCUCCACCGCCGCCACACACAUUGCAUCCUGACAAUGCAUUAGGUCGUGGUGCAUUAAGUGUAGCUGGGCGUCAGCUAAGCGACCACAGUAACAACAGAGAGUCGUCACUUGACGACAGUGGCGUGGUGGACGACCACGACGAAGGCGAGCAUACAUCCGACGACCAGGCCCCGCACCCUCAUCCGCGGCGGACGCUACUGUUGCCUCCACCGGUACUGCCAUCCCAGCCGCCGACACCCGUACCUCAAAUACCACUGAUACAAGAAAGUCAUAUUCAAGAGACAACGCAAAGUAAUCCAACAAAAAUAGAAAAAAACUGUGAAAAGACAAAAAAGAAGGAAGAAAAAGGCAACGUGCAAGAUAAAUAUCCUCUUAAUCCUGAUUAUCUUAACCAGAUUGUGGUGUUAGGGGCGGACUGGCCAUACAAGCACGCGCCCGAUCUCCCCCAAGCGGAAACGACGAAAAUUAAUGAGCUCAGUUUAUUGGCAGCCACGCACAAAUCUCAUAUGGGCAAUUACGAGCAAAAUUGCACUUACUUCACAGAUGAACUCGUCGACAGAAAUUGUGAGUGCUGCGUUACUUGCUGUAUCGACUACGAGUCUUGGCUUCAGUUCCAGAACUGCUUGUAUGGAAUUGUAAAAGACCCGCUAUUUGAAUUAUUCAUCACUACUUGUAUAGUUCUAAACACACUAUUUCUUGCACUGGAACAUCACGGUAUGAGCGAAAAUGUCCGACAAGCUUUAGAUAUAGGGAAUAAGGUUUUUACCUCUAUAUUCACAUUGGAAUGUAUUAUGAAAGUAAUGGCGAUGAGUAAAGAUUUUUUUUCUUGUGGAUGGAAUAUUUUUGAUUUGAUAAUUGUGUCGGCAAGUUUACUAGAUCUUAUAUUUGAGCUUGUUGAUGGUUUAUCUGUAUUAAGAGGAUUGCGUUUGUUACGAGUUUUAAAAUUAGCUCAAUCAUGGACUACGAUGAAAGUGUUGUUAAGUAUUAUUAUAUCGACGAUAGGUGCUCUUGGUAAUUUGACGUUUGUUUUAGUAAUAGUUAUAUACAUAUUUGCUGUUAUCGGUAUGCAGUUAUUUUCUAAAUCUUACACACCUGAAAAGUUUGAUCCAGAUCCUGUCCCUAGGUGGAAUUUCAAUGAUUUCUUUCAUUCCUUCAUGAUGAUAUUUCGUAUUCUGUGUGGUGAAUGGAUUGAACCUUUGUGGGACUGCAUGCGAGCCGAGAGAGCGAGUGGGGCGGAGAGUUGUUUCUUCAUUUUCCUUCCCGCUCUCGUUAUGGGCAACUUUAUGGUGCUCAAUCUCUUCCUUGCCUUGCUCCUCAACAGUUUCAAUAGCGAGGAGCUUAAAAACAGAAAAGAGGAAGUUGGUGAAGAUUCAAAAUUAGCUAAAAGUUUUGAUAGAAUACGUUCUAUUGUAAGAAAAAAAGGUUUCCUUAUAUCAAGGAGUAAAGAGACUGAAAAAAAAACUAAAUUAGAAGAGCUAGUUAACGAAUUUAUGAUACAACAACGUGCCAUGAAGGAGAAAAAAUCAUCAAUACCUAGCGAACAAAGGUAUUCGUCGUCGGUCCAAGAAACUAUUCUAUUUCCUCAUGAUAAUAUUUAUAGUCACAGUUAUCAAGAAGCUUUAAACAGGCCAAUUUCAGUAGGAUCAGACUUUGCAUAUCCAAAUUUGUAUCAAGCAGGUAAUAAUUUAAAUCAUGGCAGCCAAGAAACUUUGAAAGAUGUUCGUGAUUUAGCAACUGAGCACAAAAUAACGAGUAUAAGAGAGGAUUCUAAAGAAAAUUUAGAUGACACCGCUUCGAUAACAAACCAAGUAGUUGCUCAACGUUUGUUAAAUCAAUCCUCGUCUGGAUACCACACGCAGCCAUCGGAUUCUAAGGAUGAGAAUGAACAAUAUGAAAUGGCUCAAAUGUCAAGCAGAACUACACCAGAUAAAAUAAGACGCCAGGGAAGAGAAUUGCCAAAUGUUCUAAGUAAAGAGACCAUAAAAAAACCUGACGAAGAAGACAUGAAACAUCCAUGGCAAACAUUAGUGUCUUACGUUGACGAGUUAACAAUUGGCGGAAGAAAAAACUCUAAAGGGCAAUAUAUUGAUGCAAUGGGUAAAUUUCCAGGCUUCGGAAAAAGAAAAGAACCAAAAGUUCCCCAGGAUUGUUUUCCUCGUCAAUGCUACACCGCAUGUUCUUGCUGGGAUGCAUGCAUCCAGACAAAACUAGGGCAACGUUGGAUGUUUAUUCGUACAUUUAUUUUACGUUACGUUGACACUCCGGCUUUCGAAUGGUUCGUCCUAGUUCUGAUUUUCGCGUCCAGUAUAACUCUGUGCUUUGAAGAUAUCCAUUUAGAAAAAAAUAUACCUCUAAAGAAAAUACUUUAUUGGACCAACCUGGGAUUCUGCAUGAUCUUCGUGAUUGAAAUGUUUCUAAAAUGGAUAGCGUUGGGAUUUUUUAGAUAUUUCACUAGUUUUUGGACGCUGUUGGAUUUUACUAUAGUUUUCGUUUCCGUGUUCAGUUUAUUAAUAGAAGAAAAUGAAAACCUCAAAGUGCUAAGAUCUCUAAGAACUUUGCGUGCUUUAAGACCGCUUCGUGCGAUAUCUCGAUGGCAAGGCAUGAGAAUAGUUGUUAACGCUUUGAUGUAUGCAAUACCGAGUAUUUUCAAUGUGCUAUUAGUGUGUUUAGUGUUUUGGUUAAUUUUUUCCAUAAUGGGUGUACAGUUUUUUGGUGGAAAGUUCUUCAAAUGUGUCGAUGACGAAGGAGAGUUACUGCCUUUAGAGGUUGUAAACGAUAAAUGGGAAUGUUAUUACAAUAAUUUUUCAUGGAUAAAUUCUAAGAUAUCUUUUGAUCACGUGGGGAUUGCGUAUCUAGCUCUGUUUCAAGUAGCCACAUUCGAGGGUUGGAUGGAAGUGAUGGCUGACGCCGUCGACGCUAGAGGCGUAGACCUACAGCCAGCUAGAGAAGCAAAUAUUUACGCUUACAUUUAUUUCGUUAUUUUUAUCGUAUGCGGUUCUUUUUUUACUUUAAACUUAUUCAUAGGAGUUAUCAUAGACAAUUUCAAUAUGCUCAAGAAAAAGUAUGAAGGUGGUGUUUUAGAAAUGUUUCUUACUGAAAGCCAAAAACAUUAUUACACGGCUAUGAAGAAAUUGGGAAGAAAGAAGCCUCAAAAAGUAAUAAAGAGGCCGAGGAACCAAUUUCUGGCGAUGUUCUAUGACCUGUCGAAUUCCCGCCGUUUCGAAAUAGCAAUUUUCGUGCUCAUUUUUCUAAACAUGCUCACAAUGGGUAUCGAACACUACGAUCAACCACAUUCAGUUUUCUUUGUAUUAGAAGUUAGUAAUGCUUUUUUUACGACUGUGUUUGGUUUAGAGGCAAUAGUUAAAAUAAUUGGUCUACGAUACCAUUAUUUUACGGUACCGUGGAACGUAUUCGACUUUCUUCUAGUUUUAGCUUCUAUCUUAGGCAUUGUUAUGGAGGACAUAAUGAUCGAUCUCCCCAUAUCUCCCACUUUACUGCGGGUAGUUCGCGUUUUCCGAAUCGGGAGAAUCUUAAGACUGAUUAAAGCCGCUAAGGGUAUUAGGAAACUUCUAUUCGCACUAGUAGUAUCUCUGCCAGCUCUAUUUAACAUAGGUGCCUUGCUCGCUUUAAUUACAUUCAUAUACGCCAUCAUCGGCAUGUCAGUGUUCGGACAUGUUAAAGAGCAGGGUGCAUUGGAUGAUAUUGUCAAUUUUCAAACAUUUGGUAGAAGUAUGCAGUUACUCUUUCGUCUUAUGACGUCAGCAGGUUGGAAUGAUGUACUGGAAUCGCUAAUGAUUCAGCCGCCUGAUUGUGAGUUAGGAGACAUUGGGCACAGCAACGGAAACUGUGGAAGUCCGCUUCUAGCAAUAACAUAUUUUACAUCUUUCAUAAUAAUAAGUUACAUGAUUGUGAUAAACAUGUACAUAGCGAUAAUUCUCGAGAACUUUAAUCAGGCACAUCAGGAAGAGGAGAUCGGUAUUGUGGAAGACGAUUUGGAAAUGUUUUAUAUUAGAUGGUCUAAAUACGAUCCCCAUGCGACCCAAUUCAUAAGUUUUGCUCAAUUAUCAGAUUUUAUAGCAUCUCUAGAUCCACCUUUAGGCAUAUCCAAGCCGAAUACAGUGGCAUUAGUUAGUUUUAAUCUUCCCAUCGCGAAAGGCAACAAAAUACAUUGUCUGGAUAUUCUCCAUGCGUUAGUUAAACAUGUGCUAGGUCAUGUAGAAGAAACGGAAACAUUUAGGCAACUUCAGGAACAGAUGGAUAUAAAGUUUAAGAAACAAUUCCCGACAAGGAAGGAGUUAGAGAUAGUGUCUUCCACUAGGAUAUGGAAACGCGAAGACAAAGCAGCGCGAACUAUACAACGAACUUGGAGAGAAUAUGUAAAGCGUAAGAACCGUAGCCCUUCAAACGAAGAGGAGAGCACGAAGUGGUCUCCCGGAGGUGGUUGGGGAGGACGUCUCAGCGCGUUACUGCAUGUUAGAAGAGGAUCACAUGCUUCCAGUAGAAAAUCUUCUAGAGCUUCUGAUGCUUCGGAUUUCAGCGACUUAGGUGGAGCCUGGCUGAAUCUGCCGCUCCUCUUGCUACCGGGCGCGGCGCCUGGUGAACAGCCGAGCGGGUCGGAUGGAGCACCGCCCCGUCGAAGGUCGGCUUACGGUUUGCCUUUGUUCCUUCGUCAUCAGGACGCAGUGGAUGAAGACUCCGGGCCGAAACGCGCAGAAAAACAAAUUGAGCGCAGAGUAAAGGAGGACCGUCAACCGCCGGCUCUGUUUCUUAGUUCACUUCGCUUGAUGUCACGUCGCAAUUCUGCGAGGAGGGCGACGACCCCCGUACGAGCUCGGACCCCCUCCCCAAAGGCCAACAGCUCCGUUAGCAUCCUGGUGACAGAGGCUUCCCCUGACGCAGCUCCGCCCCCAACAGCACCACCUACGGUCGUCAGAGUCCUCGUGCACCGAGAAAGUGAUGAACAACCCAGCUGAUCAAAAACAACCGAGUCUGAUGAAAAGGCUCCCGAUAGUUCAAUAGUCUUAGAUAAUAUUGAGUGAGAAGGUUUUUAAACUCGAAAAUUGUGUUCACACAUUCGAAUACGUGAUAUACUGUUUUUUUUGUAACAAAUAAUUUGAAGUAACC